CGUGAACCGGCCGCAGGUCAAGGCGGCGCCUCGCUGGGCGUGCAAGGCGGUGCGUCGGCUGUCACUCGAGACAGCAAGACGUCAUCUUCUGCACGUCGGGGAAGAAGCCAGUCUGCAAGUCAUCGUCUGUGAGAAGAGGCUUUACAACGCGGGUACAGCAAACGUGGAGAUUAUCGACGUUUCUCGAUUCAGCAGCUGGGUAAAACUCCACAGAACCACCGCCUACGUUUUCCGGGUCGUUGACAAGGCUCGCAAGAAGUCGCAGGAGCAACAGUCGGAUCUCCAUGUACUCUCCCAGGAGGAACUGCAACGGGCGGAAUAUGCACUGUGGAGAAUGGCCCAGAUCGAGGCCUAUCCUGAUGAGGUUGCGCUUCUGUCCAAGACCAAAGGCCCUCCCGAGGGUCACCACGGUGUCGUCGAGAAGUCCAGCCCAAUCUACAGAACGUGGCCCUUCCUGGACGACAACGAGAUCUUGCGAAUGCGGGGUCGAAUCGGUGCUGCACCUUAUGCACCGUCCGAAGCUAAGUACCCUGCCAUUCUCCCGAAAGAUCACCUAAUAACCUACCUUCUCGUAGACUGGUUCCAUUGCCGUUUCUGCCACGCCAAUCACGAGACCGUUGUUAACGAGAUCCGCCAGCGCUUUGAAAUAGCUAACCUCCGCACCCUCGUGAAAAAAGUUGCCAAGAACUGUACCUGGUGUUACGUCUCGAAGGUCGUUCCGCGGACUCCGGCGAUGGCCCCACUACCAGAGAUGCGGCUCUCAGCGUUUGUCCGUCCGUUUACCUUCGUCGGACUGGACUAUUUUGGACCGGUAUUGGUGAAAGUAGGGAGAAGCAACGUGAAACGGUGGGUGGCCCUCUUUACAUGCCUGACGGUAAGGGCCGUCCACAUGGAGGUGGUUCAUUCUCUCAGCACGGAGUCAUGCAUUAUGGCAGUGCGCCGCUUCGUCGCGCGUCGAGGCGCACCAAGAGAGUUCUGGACGGACAACGCAACCUGCUUUCAAGGCGCCAGUAGCGAGUUGAAGAAGGAAAUCAGAACCACAACUAGAGCCUUGGCCCUCACCUUCACCAGUGCGCAAACAAGCUGGAAGUUCAUACCACCGGCCUCACCACACAUGGGCGGAGCAUGGGAGAGGCUUGUACGCUCCGUAAAGGUAGCGAUUGGCGCGAUUCUGAACUCACCUCGCCGGCCUGACGACGAAACUCUGGAGACGGUGAUCUACGAAGCUGAAGCAAUGAUCAACUCGCGCCCACUCACCUACAUACCGCUCGAAUCAGCGGACCAGGAAGCGCUGACUCCGAACCAUUUUUUGCUGGGCAGCUCUACUGGGGUGAAAAUACUUCCCACUGAACCUGUGACUCAACGAUCGACCCUGCGCAGUAGCUGGAAACUGGCGCAGUACAUUACCGAUCAGUUUUGGGGCGGUGGCUCAAGGAAUACCUACCAGUCAUUUCAAGAAGAAGCAAGUGGUUCGAAGAAGUCAAGGAGUUGGAUUGGAGAUCUGGGUGCAGGUGGAAGGUGGAACAGCGAACCGGAACCAGUGGAUCCGAAGAAUCGAUCCGAGUCAUCCGAGGACAAGAGGUCGAAUCCGACAGGCAUUGGUACGAACAUCAACGGGGAAAAUGCGAAGACCAGCAUCAAAACUAGCUGUUUUCAGGACGUCCUGGAGAAACGUCAACCAUGGGGAAUUCAGCAGGAGCCUGCCCUUCACCAUGGUUCACGGUGA